AUGGAUACGAAGGCUAUACCAAAGGCCAGCUACGUGGUGGCUACCGCGCCUCUUGAAAUCAAGACCGAGACCAAUAAGGCAACCGAGAAAUCUCGCAUACAGCUUGCCGUAUACGCUCGUGAAUGCUUCAUCCAGCAGCCCCACCGUCGCUUUGUCAAUGGUCUACUUCUAACGGAGAAGACUGCUUCUCUCUAUCACUUCGAUCGAGCAGGAGUAAUCCAUUCGCCGUGGAUCGACAUCCACAAGGAUGCAGCACUCUUUAUACGCAUUAUCCUUGGGCUCGCUUCUACCGAUGCGGACACCUUGGGUAUCAACCGUGAAAUCUAUUGGAAGGGCGACCGGAGAAUGCUGGAAGCGCCUGUUGGUAAUGAGAUAACGACGUGCGAUAUCCCUCGGAUCGACCCCGUAUUUCGUCGCAGAGCCAUUAUCGGCAGGGGCACCGUAUGCUGGGAGGUCCAGUGCCCGCUCGACGACGGACCUGGACUGCUUCUCGUGAAAUAUGCAUGGCGGGCGAAGGAGCGCACUCCGGAAUGGCUGUUCCUGGAGAGGGUCCGAGAACACCAGUUGAAAGGUGUGGGACAGAUGGUCGGACAUCAGGAGGGUGUCUCAAUAACACAGAUCCGUUGCAACUUCGAGCCGAAGAACAAGGACAACAUCAGCAUAGAUCGUAUCUUCUGCUGCAUAGUCCUCCGUCGAUAUGGCAAGUCCAUAGAGUACUUCGAAACGAAACUCCAAUUCUUGGAAGCUUUCCGCGAUGCCGUUGCAGGUCACCGGAAUUUGUUCAAAAUUGGAAUCCUCCAUCGAGACAUCAGUUUGCAUAAUAUUCUUCUGGGUAAUCCGAAUGACGAAGGAAAUCGAGGCAUACUAGUUGAUCUCGACAUGGCAAUUUUCCUCGAUCGUACCGCGUCGAAUGCACUGGCUGACAUGAGAACGGGCACACGGGCAUUUCAGGCUAUCAAUAUCUUGAUGCAGCAAGGUAUUCACAGCCACCUCGAGGACCUCGAGUCGUUCUUCUACGUGUAUGUCUGGGUCUGUCUCACG